UUUUAGUUCAGUUCUUUUAUAUACCCGGUUCGGCUUCCAAGCCCCACCGCGCAGCCCCUCUUCCCGCCCCCCUGAGUUGCCUUAUCGGACCCAGGAAUUCGGCCAGUCAUCUUUCACACCAUAUCCUCCAACGCCGCAUCCAGGUGUGGGCAGAGCUUAUCUACAUACAUCUUCACGUUCAUAUGUACAAGGUAGGUGGAGAUAGCUGUGACAUAAAAAAACCGGCAAAGGUAACACAUCAAAUGCUUUAUCGGCUCUUGAGGUGGUAGAACAAGCUACGUCUCCAUUGCAAGCCUGCUACACCAAAUGAAAGCUUAAGAAUAGCUACAUGAAGUCCGAUUACACUUAUUGGUUCACCACGCCGCUCAAAACUUUUUACAGGAUCAAUUGAUAUAGUAUCCAGGGAUUGAUAGGUCAAUUGAGUUCUGCGACGACCUCAAGAGUGGCUAUCUUCCAGAAAUAAAAACAACCCUUUCCCCAGAUUUACGAGCCCCCGCCCCCACGCAGCCCUACGAAAUUUCUCUUCUUGCAGCUUUGAUUCUGCUUUCUGAAAGUCUUUUCAAUUGAAUUCUAAAUUGUUUCUGAUAGGGUCCAAAAGAAGGAUACGAGCAUUUCAGACCUACUCUAGUUCGCUAAGAUGGCCCCUCAUACAAGCCAUGGCGACGAAGGCCAUCCAAACGUCAGCACAACGAGCUCAGUCACACGCGAUGAGAAGAUCAUGAAGGCGAAAGAUAUCCUAGGUGUUGAAGAGGGCACGACGGCGAUGAUCAACGCUGAUGACGAAUUGCUCGCUUCUUUGGGAUAUCGAGCAGAACUAAAGCGAGAAUUCUCAUAUUUUACGGUCUUCGGACAGAGUUUUGGAGCCAUGGGAAUUGCACCAGCCAUUUCAGAGUCAAUUGUGUUCUCGCUGGGAAGCGGCGGAAGUGUCGGAAUGGUGUGGACAUAUUUAAUAGGAUGUCUGCUAUUAAUUCCAGUGGCUAUGAGUUUGGGAGAACUUGGUAGUAGCAUGCCCACUUCUGGUGGUUUAUACUAUGUAUGUAUCCUACAAUCACCACUUUGGGGACAGAACUAAUAUAUCUUAGUGGGUAGCACGCCUUACACCAAAAAGGCAACGAGCUUUUAUGUGCUGGCUUGCUGGCUACAUGAAUGUUCUGGGAUAUAUUUCCAUUUACGCUUCAACGAUAUAUGCCGCAACCCUUAUACUGGGAGCAACCUGCAGUAUUGGGUCAGAUGGAAUAUUUACCGCAACUAAAUAUCACAACUACGGCAUGUUCGUCGCAACUAUCUGUCUGACAUUCGCCAUGACAUGCGUCUCUUCCAAUCUUCUCAACAAACUGAACUUCACCUAUAUCAUUGUUCAGUUAGUAAUGCUACUUGCCCUCAUUAUAGCUCUUGCAGCAGGUACUCCAAAGGAACUCAAAAACAACGCAUCCUUUGUCUUCACGGAUUUCGAAAAUACUGGUUUCUGGACAAAUAAUGGUUGGGCAUUUAUGAUAUCUAUGCUUACUCCAGUAUGGGUUGUUUCUGGCUUUGAAUCUUCGGCUACGAUCGCGGAAGAAGCUUCAAAUGCUGCUAAAGCAGUACCAUUUGCCAUGGUUAGCUCUCUUGUUGUGGCCACCGUGACGGGUUGGGCGGUCAUAAUUACCAUUGCUUUCUGCAUGGGAUCAGAUGUUGUCAGUCUAGUGGAAAGCAGUUACGGCCAACCAAUGGCACAAAUUGCAUUCAAUAGUCUAGGCAAAAACGGCAGUAUCGCUCUAUUGGUUUUCCUAUGGUUUAGCAGCAUCUGUAACUGCUCUAUUCUGAUGGUAGCCGCAAGCCGAGAAACUUUUGCUUUCGCCAGAGGUAAGUCUUUCUGUCUUACAGUUCAAAUUUGAAGACAUACUAAUCUUAAAACAUAGAUCACGGCCUUCCUUUCUCAGGAUUUCUCCGCGUUCUCUCCUCCAACAAAACUCCCGCACGCGCAGUCGGCUUCUGCGCCUUCAUCUCCCUCCUUGAAGGCCUCCUCAUGCUCGUCAACACCAUAGCAAUAAACUCCAUCUUCAACAUCGCAAUAAUGGGUCUCUACUUCGCAUACUGCAUGCCUCUCAUCGCACGUCUCUGCUUCCAACAUUUUACCCCAGGCGUGUGGUACAUGGGCGAUACUCUCUCCUAUAUCUCGGCUAUAUAUUCUGUCGCGUGGAUGACAUUUAUUUUCGUCUUGUUGCUUUUUCCUUCGUAUGAGAAGGUGGGGCCUAAUGAGAUGAAUUAUGCGGUUGCUGUCCUGGGCUUUGUGUUGGUUUUUUGUGUGGGAUAUUAUUAUGUACCCGGGUUUGGGGGGAAGACAUUUUUUACGGGGCCGAUUAGGACUAUUGAUGAGGUCCUGGGGAGUGAAGAAGUGGAGAGAGCGGUGGAGAGGGAGGUUGUUACUGAGAAGGAGAAGGAGAUUAUUUGAGAGGUCUGAUAUGUAUAUGUUUUCUUCUCUCUUUUGG